UCAUCUUAUCAAAACUCGUCCCUUUCCAGCGACGGCAGCGACGGCUCCCUUUCCAGCGAAGGCAGCGACGGCGGAGCACGAGCAGGUGAGGGGCGGCGCCUUCGUCGGACGGCUAGCCGUGGCGGAGGAGAAGGCGGACGCCAUAGGCGGAGGAGAAGGCGGACGCCGUGGGCUUGCUGCACGGCUACAGCCGAGGCGGAGGAGAAGGCGGACGCCGUGGGCGUUCAUGGAGGAUGGUACGCCGGCCGCCGGCGCCGGCCUCCGGCGCCGGCCGCCAGUCCUCGGCCUCCUCCGUGAUUUGAUUGGCUGCUAUAAGAAGCAAGGGUCCUCGGCCGGAAUCUCCAUCUGGUUUUGCCUUUCAACCAUAAUCUCCAUCAUCCCGUCGAAAUUGCAAUUUUUGACCAAACAUCCAAUGUCGCCGCCAAGUUCGCUGGAGGAAGAAGCGCCGAGUUCGCCGGAGGAACAAGCACCGAGUUCGCCGGAGGAACAAGAACGCCCGCCGAGUCCUGUGGUGGCUACACGAGAGGCCCUUAAGAUGAGUAAUGAACAUCCAUUGAGCCGUCCAAUGUUGCCUGUGGCAACUACACCGGAGCCAUCGUCUCCUUUGACUUCACCGCCAUCGUCUCCAUCGACUUCGCCGCAAGACAAUCUGCCACCGCCUCCGCCGAUUUUGCCGGAAGACCAUCAGCCGUCGCCUAGACCUACUUUGAGAUAAUCAGAUAGAUUGUGGUCCAUUGCCAUCACCUCCAUCCCCAUCUAGCUCGACAUUAUCAAGAACAUCGGUCGAGCCGUACAAUGGCGCCUGCAGCGGUUACACCAGAGGUAUUUAUCCCCUUGAUGAAAGCUAAUCACUGGAUGUAAUCCCCUGUUUUAGUUGUUGUUUCUGUCCUGGUUAUACAGGCACUUUUCAACAGCAGCAGACUAGCAUGCCCAGUCUGAACAUUUAGAAUGUUUUCCCAGUUCAUGUUCAACUUUGAUCCUUUUUCCAGUUAAAGUUCCAAGCAACUUUCCUCUGUGAAUCUGAGAAUCUCACUGAAAUUUGUGUUUCAUUGUGUAUAUUCAGCCUAUCGAGUCGAGUUUCAGACUGAUCGUAAACAGACCUCGGUUUAAGCUGUGAUGCUAAUUUGAUUUGUGUGCUGCACCAUAAUCCAUAUCUUCGAUUUCAAGCAGUUCCAUGGCAAAUCAAAUACAUUUUUUUCUUUGUUUAUGACAACACAUAUUUGACAGGUUAAAGCAUGUACUAUUGUGCAUACUGAAGUGUAACAAGCCUUUCCCAGUAGCAAAACUGAAUAUGAUACCAUGUUUUGAAUU